GCUCUCCUGCUGUCGUGCCCUCAUUUUGCGAAGGGUCGGCCCAGCAGGAUGAUGCUCCUUCGUCUGCUGUUAUGGACGGUGUUGAUGUGUUACAUUUCCGAUGCCCAGUUUUUUGCUCGAAACAGAUUGGGGGUGUGGGAUCCACGUGCCCGAUUACGAGACCUAGAACCCGACCUAUCUCCAUCGUUUACUCUACUGGCUCCUGCAAAGAUAAGGCUUGGAACCAAACAGAACAUCGUGGUGGAAGGGCAUAACCUUCCAGGUGAAACAAGAGCCUCUUUUGUGAUCCAUGACUAUCCAGCAUUGAAUUCUCUGCAUCGUAGCUCUGUCAUCCUCAAUAAAGAGAACAACUACAUUGCAAUCGAAACCAUCGAGAUCGAUCCAAAUCUGCUUGUUUUGGAUGAAAAGAAAAAGAAAUAUGUGCAGCUGGUCGUUCAGUUUGGCAGUUAUCAUCGAAUGGAGAAACUCAUAUUGCUGUCGCCCCGGGCUGGAUACAUCUUCAUUCAGACUGACAAGCCUGUUUAUAACCCUGGAGACACAGUCCGUUUCAGGGCUUUUGUAUCUAAUACAGAAUUUAAUGCUGUUGAGAGAACCAUAACUCUGGAGAUUGAGAACCCAGAUGGUAUUGCGGUGCACGGUAUGACCCGAGUCAGAGCUAUCGAUGGGAUCCUCUCGAAUACCUACCCCCUGUCUACUGUAGUCAAAGAGGGCAGGUGGAAAGUUGUUGCAAAGUUUGAUGAGGCAAAAGAAAACGCAUUCACCAGAGAGUUUGAAGUAAAGAAAUACGUUUUGCCGGCGUUCAACGUCACUUUGACUCCAAAGGCGUCUCACCUCAGCGUAGAUGACGAAAAGCUGGAGGUGGAAGUCAGAGCCAGGUAUCUGUACGGUAGCCCAGUGCAGGGUACAGCGUAUGUGCUGUUUGGUAUUGAAAUAAAUGGUGAGAAGAGGAGACUCUCAUCUAUGAAGCAAAUGAAUGAUCUGGAUGGAGGAAUUGUCACUUUAACCAUGGAGGAGAUAAAAAGGGUGUAUCCUGACACACCGAGCCUAGUGGGGUCGUCCGUGUACAUCAAAGCUUCAGUUAUGACCAAAUCAGGCAGUGACCUUGUUGAAACAGAAAAAUCUGGCAUUAAAAUAGUGACAUCACCCUACAUGCUUUCCUUCAGGGACACAUCUCAGUAUUUCAAACCGGGCAUGCCAUUUGAUAUUACGGUCACAGUCAGUAACCAUGAUGGAUCUCCAGCACGUAAUGUACCUGUUAAAGUCAACCUCCUUCAAAGCCCCAUCAGCACAUCAAACACAGGCAGUCUUACGCUCUCCCUGAACAUGCCAUCUGCUAUCCAAACACAGAUAAUAAAAGUGGAGACUGUAGUUGAUGGUCUAAAGACAGAACGACAGGCUGUGAAAGAGUUACGCGUGGAACCCUACAUCCCUUUCAGGUCUCAUAUACCAAACUACUUGUAUAUCACAGCUGGCACCAACAAAGUAAAAGUGGGGGACAAUGUUAACCUGAAGGUGCACAUCAAUACUUCUCCAGGACAGAGAGCACAUGUUCAGUAUCUGACAUAUGCGGUGUUAAAUAAGGGAAAAAUAAUCCAUGCUGGCAGAAUGAAUGUCCAAGGGCAGGACGUCACAAACAUUCCUCUCCUGGUUACUACUGAAAUGCUUCCCGCUUUUCGGUUUGUGGGGUACUACGUAUUGCCAUGGCAAAACAGCCCAGAAGUGGUGUCAGACUCAGUCUUUGUGGAUGUGGAGGAUCGAUGCGUAGGUUCGCUCCGUGUUGGACCGGCACAAGGAGAUGUUUCACCUGGAGGCCAAUUUCAGUUUCAAGUUGCUGGUGAUCCAGGAGCGAAAGUCAGCAUGGUUGCAGUGGACAAUGCCAUUUUUCUGUUGAGCAAAAAUCGUCUGACGCAGAAGAAAGUGUGGGACGUGGUAGGUGAGGCUGAUAUGGGCUGCACCACAGGAGGAGGAAGGGAAAGUAUGAGCGUUUUUGCUAAUGCAGGAUUAAUGUUUCAUUCCAGCACUGGUGUCUCCUCUGAAGCCAGAAAAGAUCAUUGCUCACACAAAUCCAGGAAAAGACGUUCUGCUGCUAGACUACAGCUUAAACAGCAGAUGGAGAAGGAAUACCCUGAUACGUUUCUGCAGAAGUGUUGCGUGGAUGGCAUGAGGGACAUUCCCAUGCCAUACUCGUGCUAUCGCCGUAUCCAGUACAUUACGGAGGACUGGAGCUGCGUAUUGGCUUUCCUGCGCUGUUGCACGCAGUACAGGGGGGAGCAACUGAUAGACAUUACCAGGCCUCCACCAACCACCCUUCCACCGACCACAACUCCUCCACCCACCACACCAUUUCGUCCAAUUUUGUGGCAUGGUCGUGAGUUCGUAGAAUCCCCUUGGUUUGGAGUGUAUCAUGAACCUGUUGAAACGUAUGAAAUCUUGUUAGCGAGGGCUCCAGUGCCUGAAAUGCCUGUACUUCGGGGAGAAGCUGGACAUAUUGGAUAUGCGCAACCCAAUGUCAUGGAGGGUCAUUUGGAUCUCUACCCCAUUAGGGAACAAAGUACAAAGACAGAAGAUGAAGAAGAUGAGUUUGACGAAGAUGAUGUUGACAUAGAUGACAUUUACGUCCGCACGAAGUUCUACGAGUCAUGGCUAUGGACUGAUAUCAGACUGCCUCUCAAACCCAAGCCUGGCAGUACUGAUGGGUUGGCUGUAUAUUCGGUGGAUACUGUUCUUCCUGACAGUAUCACUGAGUGGGGCUUUCUGGCUAUCAGUGCUUCACCUAAAACAGGUUUUUGUGUAGCUGAACCCUAUAACGUCAAAGCGUGGAAGCCAUUCUUCAUUGACCUGAGGUUGCCUCAUUCAGUGUCCAGAAAUGAACAUGUGGAAAUUAAAGCUGUGAUUCACAACUACAAGAACUCAAAACUAGAGGUAACAGUGAUCCUGGAUAAAACCGAGGACAUGUGUAGCGUGGCAUUCAGUGGACCUCACAGGCAGAAAGUUUCAGUACAGGGCAGUUCUUCUGUUUUAGUUUCAUACACCAUCAUCCCUCUUAAAAUUGGAGAGCAUCCUCUGCAGCUCACGGCUAUUGCAUCAGACUUAAUGGGGCAGGAUGCAGUUAGAAAGAAUCUACAAGUAGUGGUUGAGGGCAUUCAAACAUUGAAAGUGAGAAGCUUUGUGUUGGACCCCUCUGAGAAAGGAGAUCAAGGUGGACGACAGAUGAUACGAGUGGAUGCGGUGGAGCUAAACUCUGUUGUACCGAGAUCUCUUCCACAGACGUUUGUCAACGUCAGAGGUGAUGUGCUGGCAGAUAGCAUUGAUAACUCCAUAAACGAAGACUCUCUGGCGGCACUGAUCCGGAUGCCCGGUGGAUGUGUGGAGCAGAACCUGGCCAGCAUCACUCUGCCGCUCAUAGCCGCUCACUACUUGGACCGCAGUUCAGGGUGGGACAGCGUUGGAAUGCAUCGCCGAGAAGAAGCAAUUAAAUACAUACAGAGAGGUUAUGAAAACCAACUUAAUUAUCAGAAGGCGGAUGAUUCAUACCCACCCUAUCUCAAUGAAGGCACCAGCACAUGGAUCACUGCAUACGUUGUAAAGGUGUUCUCCAUGGCAAAUUCGUACAUUUCCGUCAAUAAGAAGCAUCUGUGUGGGCCUCUGCUGUACUUACUGAAGAACAAACAGCAGCCAGAUGGAUCAUUUAAAGAGGAUAAUCCUGUCUACACCACCAGCAUGACCGGAGGUCUGCAUGGUCCUGAAUCAAGAGUGUCUAUGACUGCGUUUGUGCUGAUUGCUUUAGCGGAAGCAAGAAAUGCACUUAGCUGUCAAGAUCCUGGUGUCAACAUAGACGGCAAGUUUAGAAAUGCAGCAAGGUAUCUAAAUAUACAUUUGCCCCGGGUGGAGAGACCGUACACAGCGGCUAUAGCAUGUUACGCUUUGGCAUUAUCCGACCUUGGCUGUACAAAGAGCAUUUUGCUGAAGUCAGCAUCAGCAGGUGGUAGCUACUGGCAUGACUCCAAUAAUUAUUAUUUCACACUGGAAGCCACUGGCUAUGCAUUAUUGGCUCUGAUCAAAGGAGGUCACAUGAAGGAAGCAGAAGCCCCGUUUCGAUGGUUGAACGAACAGCGUGGUGUUGGAGGAGGAUACGGCUCUACUCAGUCCACCAUGGUAGUGCUGCAGGGCCUGUCUGAGUAUCUAGUAAAGAAACCUCCUCCUUCUGAUCUUAAUUUGCUGGUGGAGCUGAGUGUGCCCGGUCGCAGUGACAUACGCUGGAGCUUUAUGCGAAGCAUGCGAUCUGCAGCUCGAACUUCAAAGGUACCUCUUGACAAGGAAUUCACAUUGGUGGCUUCUGGGAAUGGCAGGGGUAUCUUGGAGGUGGUGACAGUGUAUCACCAGCUUCCUGAUGUGUACGAGAACAGCACAUGCAACGGCUUUCAUCUGGAUGUCUCUAUGGCUGAGACUAGUGAAAAGCCUCCACCAGAUGUAGAAAAGUCCUUUAAACUCAAUAUAAACGUGAGGGCUACAGAGGGACAACAGGUGAGGAUGGUGAUUUUGGAUAUUGGCCUGCCCACUGGCUUUGAACCUGAAAACUCAGAUUUAGAGCUGCUCACAAAUUCAGUGGACCGAUACAUCAACAACUUCAAAGUGGUGGAUAACCUGAGUGACAGAGGUUCGCUCAUAAUUCACCUGUUUAAGGUGUCCAGUAGUGAGACCGACACGAUCUCAUUCAGACUGAAUCAGAAAUUUAAAGUGGGGCAUCUUCAGCCAUCCACUGUUACAGUUUACCAGUACUACAACAAAGAUAAACGCUGCAGCAGGUUCUACUCUCCUCCUGAAGACAAACAGCAGCUGGAUCAGAUCUGCAGAGAUAAUGUGUGUCGCUGCACACAGGGUGAUUGUUGUGUAUUGAAAGCCGACUCCUUGUCUGUUGGUCAACAGCAGAGGAGGACAGCAGUGUGUAGUGGAUUACAUCACGCCUACAGGGUUAAACUGAUCAGUGUCAGCGAGAGUCACUACUACCAGUAUGAAAUGGAGAUUGUGCAGAUUAUAAAAGAAGGGUCUGAAGAUGGCCUAAAAGAAACCGACAGGAGAACUUUCCUCUCACACGCGACCUGUACAUCAGGGCUGAACUUGAGAAAAGGUCAGGAUUAUCUGAUCAUUGGUCCAUUCACUGAUGUCUGGCAUGCAGGGAGCUCGACCACCGGGUAUGUAUAUAUGCUGGGUAAGGACACAUGGGUGGAGCGAUGGCCAUCCGCAUCAGAAUGUGGGAGUGACUCCACAGUGCAGUUAAAAUGUGCCGAGCUGAAGAGCUUUGAAAUGGAUCUGACACAGAACGGCUGUCAGACUUAAGUAACAUGUAAUGUGAACCUUAUUGUCUUAAACAAUUUUACAACUUUCAUCUAAAGCUACUUGUGUGGAGAUUGAUCCCAUGACCUUUGUGCUUCUAAUGCAGUGCUCUGCUAACUGAGCUACGGGAACAUUGACAACAUUGUUUAAUUUUCAUUAUGAAGUGGUAUAAUCCACAUGUAACAGUGCAUUAUUUCUAUUGCUAAUUAAAACCAAGAAGUAAAAUAA